AUGGCCAAAAUUAAGGCUCCGGAUUUGCGAGGCAAGAAGAAAGAGGGGCUGUUGAAACAGCUGGGCAACCUGAAGGUAGAGCCGUCCCAGCUGUGCGUGGACAAAGUGACAGGCAGAACUGCGUCCAAGUUGUCCAAGAUCCGAGUUGUCCACAAAUCCAUUGUCCGUGUUCUCACCGUCAUUAACCAGACUCAGAAAGAAAACCUCAGGAAAUUCUACAAGGGCAAGAAGUUCAAGCCCCUAGACCUACGGCCCAAGAAGACCGGUGCCAUGCGCCGGCAGCUCAACAAGCACGAAGAAAGCCUGAAGACCAAGAAGCAGCAGUGGAAGGAGCGGCUGUACCCGCUGCGCAAGUUAGUUUGCGGUCAAGGCCUGAGCGCGGGCCUCAAUAAAACAACAGAACUGAUGUUGAUCUUAGAAAUUCUUCUAAUAGAACUUGUGCCUGCUAAUCUUCAUCACGGUCUGUUUCUCAGACAUCCCAACAGACAAGAACAAGCUUAUCAGAGUUCAUCUCCUCCCUAA